UUAUUUUGCAUUAACAGCACCUUCUGUACUGGAGCACCCCCGCCUCCCGCCUGUCCUAACUUAAUUGACCAAUAGACGUAUAAAGAGGGGUUCCUGCAGAUGCCGGAAUGCCCACAUGCGGGCUGCAAUUUCACCCUUCUCACUUGUUGUGGGAUAGGAGGAGGAUGCAGCGGAAAGGAGUGAUGAUAGAGAAAACAGGUUAUGCUGUAGCCACCAUGCUGGGGACUUCAACAUCCACCAAACAAGGGGCAAAUGAGAAUCCCAUAGUGCUUGAGAUGUCGAAUAUCCCCUCUUAGAUUUGAAGACACUCCUGAAUUAAUCUCAUCAGUGGCACCUGAUACAGUCGAGAAAUCCAUAAAGGAAAAAAAGAAAAAGACUAAAGCACUAACUGAACAGGGACCAGAAGAACCGGCAAUUGUGCAUAAUCAAAAGGAUGGUCACCAGUUGACAGUCGAGGAAAAAAGGUCAAGAACCUGAACAUAAAGCGCGAACAGUGACUGAGCUGGAAGUGGUGGAGAAAGAGAGGAAGAAACUUAAAAAAGGAAACGAAGAGAAGCAGCAAAAUGUUAUUCAAGAUGAAAUGGAGGUACCAGAUCCUGAGGCACAAACUGGAGGGAAAAUGAAGAAAGUCAAAGAAUCUUCAAACGCAUCAGGGGCGAGCGGAUUUAGUGAUUGCUGAUGAGAAUAAUAUGAAUAGCCGGAAGAAAAAGAGAGAACAUAAUGACAUUGAGCCAGAACGUGUGAUAGACAGUGUCCUCUCAAAGGCUGCAGUCGAUGUUUCAGCUGUAACUGCGCCAGAUGAGGCCAGAAAGAGUAAGAAGAAGCACAAGAACAGACAAACAGAGCUUGAGGAGGGAGUGGAAAGCUGUCGGACAGUUACAAGAACAGCAGAUGAUCCAGAAAACAUAGAACUGCACCCUGAAAUGGUCAAGAGAGGUAAAAAUGUGGUAACUGAGGCAGAGGAGAAUGUUUAAAAAAGGAAACGAAAGAAGAAAAAACACAGUGAACUGAACGAUUGUCCAGAUAAAGCAGACCUUCCAGGUAUAGAAGAACAAACUGAAAGAAAAUUGAAGUCAAAGAGGCCAAAAACGGAUGGAGAGUCUGCAGCAGUGGGAGAAAGAAAAAACACAGCAGAGAGUCAGACAAGGGAAUGGACAGUGUCCACUCUGCAGCAGAUGGUUUGGAUUUAACUGUUCCAAAUGACAACAGGACUCAUGAUGCUGGAACAAACGGUGAGACAGAGGGUGCCCAUUCAACCAUGGUUGAGACAGGGACCCAACACAACAAACCCUGCCUAAAUGAAGAAACUCUAAGUGUGGACGACUGGCAGGCUCUGAAGGAUCUCAAAGAGUUCAUUCCCAAUGUUGAGUCAGUCGGUUGACGAGAUCCAUAAGAUGAUAAAGUAUGAUCUUGAUCGACUCAAGGAAUUCCGAAGACAAGACCCAAUCAGUUAAGCCCAUGUGGAAUCUUCGGUUGUUCCCAGGACUUUCCCUGCGAAGUGGAAGAUUCAAUGCGCAGGAGAACGAACGACUCAUGAGUAAGGUCAACGACUUCCUGGCUGUCACUGGGAUUCAGAGUGCCUUUAAGCUCUUCCAUCCACAGCGCUUCAAAGGGGAAGAAGCAAAUAUCAAGAAGUUGAAGUGUCAGCACAGAUUCCAUGAAAGAAUAGCUGAAGGAAUACCAAGAUCUUGGCAUCAAAUCUAUAUACGUGGGAGGAAAAUGUUUGAUGGCAGCAACUACAAGGGCAGGUUCACCGAAGAAGAACUUCACACAUUGAAAAAACUGCAGACGUUGCACGGCAACAAGUGGGCGAAGAUCUCAGCGUUGACUGGCCGAAGCGAAUCGGCCCUAGAGAAACGUUUUGCUCAAAUGUCCGCAAACAAAGGUGCGUGGACCGAGGAACAACUGAAGACUAAUGGAAGCUGUGCGGAAGCACCUGGUGGGACAGGCAGUGGCAGUGGACCGGCCACCAUCAGGAAAGACAAACUGUACAACAACAUUCCCUGGACAGAUGUGUGCCAGACGGUUGAAACGCGCCACUGGUCCCAGUGUCGAAUAAAAUGGUUGGGUGUUUUGAAGCACAAAAUGGCAUAUGGACAACCAGUAUUCAGUGGAGGCACGAAAUCAUUUCAGGGCAAAGUGGAUUUGAUCAAAGCCUUGAAUGCAAUGCAGGUGGAAGAUUUUGCAGAUAUCGACUGGGAAGAAAUUGCUCACACAAUUGGAGAUCAUUGACUUCCUCAACAGUAGAGUUCUCCCCAAUUUUGAAGAGCACCUCAAAGUUCUGAUCAAAUCAGGAGAGGUGGUGUCCAGAAAUGAUCCUCAAGAGCUCUUCCUACUCUCUGAGCUCUUUGAUAAUGAGGACGGCGACUACUACAGCGAGGUUCAGAACAGCUGAUGAAAACAAAGCACGUGGACCUGGCUUAAGGCCCCACUGUGGGGGUAGCUGUGUGCCCCUCUGUCUCACAAUUAAGGAUUCAGCUCGUUCAUGGAGGUGGUUAAUGAUCAACUUAUUUGUAGUUAAGUGUUCAUUUAGUUUUCUGUAAGACGUUACAAUGUCAUCACCCCCAUAAUGAUUUAAUGCAUCUGGUGAAUACUCAGAUGAGUUGUAUUAUGUUUGUAAAAUCUGACAGGUGACUUUUUUAUAGAAUCCCAUUUUAUUUUUGA